CUGACCAAUGAGGGGCUAGCGAUGGGGAUAGAGUGGGCCAGCCUCAUACCUUCAGGACUUCAAACUAGAGCCAUAAACAGCAAACAUCAUGUCAGGGAAAGAAGGUCGUGAGAAUUGUCAGACUCCAGUCCACUCGAUAAUAGCCGAGUUCCAGUGCCCCGUGAGCUUCGUGGAUCGCCUUCUGCAGGAGAACCAACAUUCCCAAUGUCUGAAUUUAUCCAGCCCAGAUUUUCUCCUUGCCAUGCUUGACUACCUCACCGACUACAUCCUAGAGCUGAUAGGCCAUGAGGUCAACAGCGGUUUUCAGCUCAUCGCUCGAGAUAUGGCGGGACUAGGCAGCAACGGAGAGCCGCACUACUUGUUGAAGGAUGCAGCCUUCUCUCUGUUUGACGAGACUCCGGGAUCCAGGAGGACUGGCUAAAGUCGGGGUUCCACGGCCUGGCUGGUGCCCUCACAGUCUUUACCAAAGACCAAAACUUAGAGCUGAGGAAGCCUGGCCUCUGUCAUUGACAAAUGCUAUUAAAGGAUUUAAG